AUUCAUUAAAAUACUAAUCAAAAUCAAUUACACGGCCGGGCUGGUGGCUUCUGAUCUCUAAACCAUUGUAAUUUGUAAGGCAAUCAUUCUUCUUCUUCAAGUGAAUUAAGCUAAAGAGCUCGAAUUUAAUAUUCAGAAUUCACACAUAUGGAUGCUUCGGAGCUAGGGUUCCCUGUGCGUCACAAGAAGCUUUCAGUUGAUAUCACGGGUAACAGAACAGAUAUUGUCAUCUGUAGUUAUGAUGAUCAUAUUCUUGUGAUUGCCACACAAAUUGGAAGUUUGGGAACAAUCAUAAAUGCAAGGAAGGAGGAAGGGGUUUUAACAAAUCCAACCUUCCAUGUGUCGGUCAUAUUUGGUAAAAGAGAUGAGCCAGUGCUAGUGGCAUGUGCUCGCCAACUAAUUGAACAUAUAAGCAAUUCUGGAUCGUCCAGGCCAUUAAUUCUCUCCCUUGGUCUCAAAGACCACUCUCUGGGGACACUGAAAGGCAUUGUUUCUGCUGUGAUAGAGAAUUGCAUGUGGUAGUAUGUUGAUUGGAUUUAAGAGAGCAAAACUUUGAUUGUUGUUAUGUAUUUAGUGUGAUGACUUUCAGGAGGCCAUUGGAUUAGAUUCAUUCAAUGGCUGAUAUUUAAGGUUUGUAGUUUGUACACUAAUAUAGUUUGUAUUUGAGCACUUCUCUCGUGAUAUAUGAAAAACUUCUAAAUUCGGAAUUUUU